AUGGUGCCCCCGCUUCCGAGGACGGUCAUCGUCGACUACUAUGAUUCUUUUCCUUCACCUGUGGCCAUAGCUGAGAUCAGGGCGACUUUCCAGCGCGAGGUGAUCCCCAACACCGACUGUGUCAUCCUUUCUCCCGGCCCAGGACGGCCAGACCACCCAGCGGCGCACCCCGUGCCCAUCCUCGGCGUGUGUCUCGGCCACCAGGCUAUCGGCGUUGCGUUCGGUGGCAAAACGCCGAAGAUCACGCAUGGCCACGUCGUUCGCGUCGUGCCCGUCACCCCUCCUAAGGGGUUGUUCGCGUCGCCGGUCAUGGGCUCCAAACCCUUCGAGGCUGUUGUGUACAACUCGCUGUGCAUCGACCCGUCCACCGUUCCCGAUGAGCUGGAGGUCACUGCGUGGUCUGACCCUCAGAACGGCAGCGAGCCGACAAUCCAGGGGCUGAUGCACAAGGAGCUUCCUAUCUGGGGCGUCCAGUAUCACCCAGAGUCUAUCUCGUCGACCCACGGCACGGAGCUGCUGCACGCCUUCCUGGACAAGGUGCACGAGUACCAUGGUCAGCCGCCCGUAUUCCCCCGUCUUGAGCGUCAACUAGUGGCCGCGUGCACCUACCGUGUGGCUUCGAGUGCGGCGCCGACCCGCGCAGCCUCCCCGGCCCCCUCUCCUACCUCCCCUACGAAGGCUGAGGCGCCGCAGUACGCCCUCGAGGAAGAGAGCUUUGGAUCUCUGGGUCAGGAUAGGGAUACGGCUGAGGUGUAUGAGCGCAUGGUACGGAGCGACAAGAACCGCAUCGGCGAGAUCUGGCUGGACGGCAAGAGUUUUGUGCUGACGUACUCGCUCGCUACCCGGACAGUGCGUGUGUACGGCUCUGUCGAGGGCGAGAUGCGCAUUCCGCCAGGCGAGACCUUCUUCUCUCUACUUGAUGGAGCGCAGACUGCCCUGGCGCCUGUCUCUGGCGGAGCCGGCGGCUUCCGCGGCGGCUGGACCGGCUGGUUCACUUACGAGAUGAAGGCGGAGAGUCUGGCUGGUUACAACCUCCCGAUCGGAAAGCGAGGACCAGAGCGCCUCGACGCAGUAUGGGCUUGGGUCGACCUGUUAACCGAGCGCGCAGAGGACGGGCAGUGGACGGCACGCGGUGUUGUCGCCGAGGGCGGACGUCCGAGCUCGCUCCUUCUCGACUGGCUGACGGGACUCGGUGUGACGUUCGGUGUGAAGCAAGCGGACUUUGACACCUACGCCGGUCAGCUGCGCGAUGUACUCUCCUCCCCGCCGCGACCGACUUCUGAGCCGGCAGCAGGCUUCCCGCGCUUCAGGCCCCGCGUUAGUGGCGAGGAGCACAUGACGCGGAUCGACAAAUGCCGUGAUGCUAUCUCGGAGGGUGAGAGCUAUGAGCUCAACCAGACAACAUCCUUCCUCGCAUCGCUCAAGGAUGACCCGUACCCGACAUACUUGCGGUUGCGGACGUUCAACCCCGCGUACUACUCUGCGUUCAUUCACUUCCCGACCCUGCCAACGCCGAAGGGCAAGGGCCUCGCUGUCAUUUCAUCCUCCCCCGAGCGCUUCCUUCAGAUCACUGGCGGCGAGAUCGAAAUGCGGCCGAUCAAGGGUACAGCGCCGCGUGUCCGACCGGGACAGUGUGUGUGCGCCGACGGACGGGGUUGCGACGGCAAGGAGCCGGGAAGUGCGGCGUGUACCACCGAAGGUCGGAGAGUGGACGAGCAGCGCGGAAAGGAGUUGUCUGAGGACCUGAAGGAACGCGCGGAGAACCUGAUGCUGAUCGCGCUCGAGUCGUACGGCGUGCACAACCUCGUGACAACAGUACGCGGCCGCCUGGCGCCGCACAUCGGCCCCGUCGAGGCGACGAAGCGCUGCUUCCCGCCCGGUUCGAUGACGGGUGCGCCGAAGCUGCGCACCGUGCAGCUGCUCGACGGGUUUGAGGCCGGCUACCCGCGUGGCAUCUACAGCGGCGCGCUGGGCUACUUCUCGCUCUGUGGUAGCAGCGACCUCAGCGUCGUUAUCCGCACCAUGGUGCUGGAGGGAGAGGACCUCUCCAUCGGUGCCGGUGGCGCGAUCACCUGGCUCUCAGACCGAGCUGAGGAGUGGAAGGAGGUGCUCACAAAGGUGCAGUCGGUCGUCGGACCUCUGGACCUGUAG